AUGACGGAUGAAAAAGUUCCUAAUCGAUGUCAAUAUGUAUGUCCAAGAAAACAACGACAAUGUAAAAUGUUACCUCCUACUCCUUUAUCUAUGUAUUGUAUGGAACAUAUACUUUAUGAUCCGGAUUUAGACGAGACUACUAAAAAUUCAUUACGUAUUCCAUGUCCAUUAAAUCCUUUACAUUCGAUAUCACCACAUGAUUUACAACGACAUAUUCGUAAAUGUAAUCAACGUCCUAUGAUUCUAGGUCCAUUUCAUCGACCUAAUUGUAAUUCUGGACUUGAAUGUGAUAAUCAUGAUGAUUAUCCAACAAUUUUACAAGAUAUAACUGAUGAAGAACUUCAAGAAUUUAUUAUUCGUAUGGAAACAAUACAUGAUAAUCUUGUUAAAGAACCUCUUGAAAAUAAUCAAACAAAUCUUGAUUGUUAUUUAUCAAAUGUAAAUGUUAAUGAACUUGGUAAUCGUUCACGUAAACAUUUACAACAAAUUGGAUCACUCAUAGCUCAUUUAGUUCAAUUAAAUCUUCUUCAAGCAAAUACAUGUUUUGUUGAAAUGGGUGCUGGACGUGGUCAAUUAUCUCAUGAACUUCAUGCUUGUUUAAAACAAGAAUCAUCAGUUCAUUUUAUACUUAUUGAACGUGAUCAUCAACGUUAUCGUUAUGAUGCACAUCAUCGUCGUGAACAACAAGGUCCAUCAUUUGAACGUCAUCGACUUGAUAUUCGUGAUCUUUAUUUAUCAGAAUUACCUUCUAUAAAAAAUAAUCAUUUAGAAAAAUGUGUUGUUAUUAUAAGUAAGCAUUUAUGUGGUGGUGCAACUGAUCUUGCUUUACAUUGUGCUGUUAAUGCUCAACAAAAUUGUCAUAAUAUUCGAGCUAUUAUUAUUGCUUUAUGUUGUCAUCAUCGUUUAUUAUGGAAUGAUUAUAUUGGAAAAGAUUUUUUUUAUCGAUUAAAUUUAACACCAAAAGAUUUUUCAUUAAUACGAGCAUUGACAUCAUGGUGUACAAGUGAAAAUCGUCAUAGAAUGCCACAAGAUGGAAAACGAUCAACAAUUGAUGGUAUUUCACUUCAAUCUACUUCGCCAAUAUCUACAGAUCGAUCACCUUAUUCCAAACAACGUUUAUUUUCUAUUGAACAACAAGAAAAAAUUGGUUUAAAAGCAAAACGAAUUUUAGAUUGGGGUCGAAUUGAAUAUUUAAAUAAAAAUGGAUUUAAUGCUCAUCUUAAAGUAUAUACAUCAAAAAAUAUUACACUUGAAAAUAUUGCUUUGAUUGCUACAUCAGUGCCAACUUGA